AUGGGUUUUUUAACACCAAAAAAAACAAAAAAGGGAAAGGAUAAAAAUGAGUCCAAUGAUAAUAGUUUUGAUGGUGGUAGUAGUAGUUAUAAUAAUAAUAAUAAUAAUAAUAAUCAACCAAUUACCUAUACUCCUACAGCAAUUAGAUCACCAAAUAAUAAAACUAUGUCACAAUCACAAACUUCAAUACCAACACUUUCAUCUUCACCAUCUUUAAAUUACCCUUCUUCUCCUCCAAAUAAUAACAAUAACAAUAAUAAUGGUAAUGGUAAUGAAGUUAUUUCAAUUUUUAAUAAUAGCAAUAAUUAUAAUAAUAUAAAAUAUACACAUCGAUUAUCAACACCACCAGCAUUACAACCACAACAACAACAAGCAAUUAAAGAUCUUUUAAGUUCAACAGCUUCAACUUAUUCAAGUUCAUCACCAUUUUCAAAAUUAGCAACAACAAAUGGUGGUAUAUCACAACCAACAACACCAAUCUCAUCACCAUCACAACCAUUUCAAUCAGUACAACCAAAUCUUAUAAUUCCAACUACACCAACAACUACAACUACAACACCUCAAUCAGUACAACCAAUAGCAAUACAACAACAACAACAACAACAACAAUUCCCUUCAACAAUUCAAAAUACAGUACCAAUACUUCAACCAUUAGCAUUAAAUACAAUAAAACCACAUCAACAACAACAACAACAACAAAAUCAAACACAACCAUUACAACAACAACAACCACUACCACUACCAAAUCAACAACAACCAAACCAAACACCAUUACAACAGCAACAAUCACAACAACCAAAUCAACAACAACAACAACAACAACAACAACAACAGCAAUCAUUACAAAAUUCAAGAGGUGAAGGUGAAUUUGAAAAUAAAUUAAAAAAGAAUUUAUCAGUUUGGGUAUCACCAGUUUCAAAUAAAAAGAAUAAAUUAAAUCAUUGGCAAUCAUGUUCAGAUUUAGAAUUAUAUAAUAAAUUAAAGAUUAGGGAACCAGAAUUUGCACAAUCAAUGUCAUGUGCAAUUUCACCAUUUCAUUAUUUAAAGAUUCAAUAUGAUUUAGAAAGUAUUGAUCAAAGUUCUGGUGGUAAUAGUGGUAGUGGUACAGAUUCAUUCUCUGAUGGUUUUAAAGUUGAUUUAAAUUUUGAUGGUUAUACUGAAUGGUAUAAAGGUAUGAAUAGAAAAGUAAAGAAUAGAAUUCAUUCAAAUGGUAAAUCUCAUCAUAAAGCAUCAAAUGAUGCAAUGAACAACAACAACAACAACAACAAUAACAACAAUAAUAAUAAUGGUAAUAAUAGCAAUAAUGGUAAUAUUAAUAAUAAUGGUAUUAAUAAUCAUAGUGGUGAAGAUAAAAGUCCACUUAAAAAAAUGGUUAAAUCACUAAAGAGUGGUAGUAAUAGUAGUAAAAAAGAACAACAACAACUUCAUCAACAAUUAUUAGCAGCACAACAACAACAACAACAAUUAGUACAUCAACAACAACAAUUGGCACAACAACAACUUCAUCAACAAAUUCAAAAACAAAUUGAAAUAAUACCGAUUAAAGUUAAUGAUGAACAAAAACAACAUUUAGAUUUUCUAAGAAGACAUGAAAGUAAAUCAGUUGUUCCAACUUCUCCAACUAUUAAAGGAGUUCAAAGUGGUGCUGGUGGUGGUAAUACUGGUAAUACUGAUGGUGUAAAUAUAGAUAAUAUGAGUUUAGAUGAUGACAACAACAACAAUAACAAUAAUAAUAAUAAUAAUAAUAAUAAUAAUAAUAAUAAUAAUAAUAAUAAUAAUAAUAAUAAUAAUAAUAAUAAUAAUAAUAAUAAUAAUAAUAAUAAUAAUAAUAUAGCAGUAAAUACACCAACCACAAAUGCAACAAUUCCUACUAAUAAUAGCACUACAAACAAUACAAACAAUACUGCUACACCAUCAGUUAUAAAUGGUGAUAGUAAACAACAAGAACAACCACAACAAUCACAACAACAACAGCCACAACAAAUAACACCAAAUACAUUAUUACUUAGUACUGAUAGUAUUGAUUUAUUAAAUACUUUAAAUAAAGAUAGUAAUAAUGUAGAUAAUAAUAAUAAUAAUAAUAAUAUAGAUGAUAAUAAUAGUGUUAGUAGAGAAGAGAUGGAAAAUAUAUUAAAAAAGAGUCAACAAGAUUCAAAUAAAGAUUUAGGUAGUGUUUAUGGUAAUGAAGAUUCAAAUAGUGGUUCACCAACAUUUCAAGAUUUUCAAUCAUCAGCUGCCGCCUCUAAUGUUAGUGGUGGCAUUGAUGAUAAAUCACAAACUGGUUUUAAAAAACUUGGUGAGAAAAUUCUUUCAUUCUUUAGGAGUAGAAAGAGUUCUGAUAGUUUAAAUAGUAGUAAUAGUAAUAUACCAAUUACAAAUAUAAGUCCUGGUAGACAAUCACAACAACAACAACAACAGCAUAUACAGCAAAUAUCCCAACAAUCACAACAGCAGAUACAGCAGCAACAACAACAACAAUAUGUAGCAAGAACUCAAUCAUCAUCAUCAAUAGUUUAUUCAUCAAGUGCUCAACAACAACAGCAACAACAACAAUUUCAAUUUCAACAAAAUAGUGUAUCAUCACAAUCAUUACAAUCACUUAAUGGUGGCAAUAAUAACAAUAAUAGUAAUAGUGGUAGUAUAAAUGGUGGUAGUAAUAGUGGUGGUGGUGGUGUAAGUAAUAGUACACAACAAUUACCAGAUCAAAUGGGAUUAUUUAAUAUAUUCACUCAACAACAACAACAAUUAAUAAUGAAUGGUGGAUUAGGUGUUGGUGGAAUAAAUGGAUUGGUUGGUACUGGUGUUAUCGGUGGUGAUAGUCCUCCACCUCUAUCAAGAUCACAAUCACAUGCUUCAUUUCAAGGAAAAUUUGCGCCAGUUAUCAUUAUGGAGGAUGGUUCAUUACAUUUAACACCAAGAAUAUUACCUUUUAAUGUUAGAGGUGGUUCUACAAAUAGAACAACUCCACCAUUUUUAACUCCAAAUACUAGUCAAACUAAUUUAUCUUCACUUGUAAAUAAUAAUAAUAACAAUAGUAGUCAUAGUAAUAAUAAUAAUAAUAAUAACAACAAUACAAAUAAUAAAAAUAAUAAUAAUAAUACCAACAAUAGCAAUAAUAAUAAUAAUAAUAAUAAUAAUAAUAACAUUAAUAAUAAUAAUAAUAAUAAUAGUAAUAAACAAACUGCAAAUAAUACAACUAAUGACUUCAGUUUUGAUCAAAAUACAGAUCUUCGUUCAUCUACCAACUCAUUAACAAUUGGUAGUAAUAGUAAUUUUAGUUCAUUAAAGAAUUCUUUAAAUUUAGAGAAUCCUGAAAAUAAUAAUAAUCCUGAUAAAAAUGUUGAUAAUAAUAAUUUUAUUAAUGAAAAUAGAAAUGUAGAAAUUAAUAAUGAAAAGAAUGAAAAUAAUGAAAGCAAUAACAAUGAUAAUGUUAAAGUUGAAAUUGUUCAAUUUGAUUCAAUAAAUGUAAAUAGUAAUAAUAAAUCACUCAAGAAUAGUUUUAAUAAUAAUAAUAAUGAAAAUAUCAACAACAAUAAUAAUGAAAAUGAAAAUAAUAAUAAAAGUGUAAUUUAUAAAAAUCAACAAGAAGAGAGACCAAUUAUACACAUUGAUGAUAAUAAUUUAAAUAUUGAAUCUGUAAAUGGAGAUAAAAAUUCUUUAAGAAAUAGUAGAGAUAAUAAUAAUAGUAGUAGCAAUAAUAAUAAUAAUAAUUUAAAAAAUAGUAAUAGUAAUAAUUCAUUAAGGAAUUCAAAUGAAAAGAGAGACCUAAAUAUUAGUAAUAAUAAUAAUAAUAAUAAUAAUAAUAAUAAUAAUAAUAAUAAUAAUAAUAAUAAUAAUAAUAAUAAUAAUAAUAAUAAUAAUAACAAUAAUGAAAAUAAAAAUAAAAUCGAUAUUGAUAAUAAUAAAUCAUUAAAUAACAGUAAUAAUAGUGGUGGUGGUGGUAGUAAAAAUUAUAGAAGUUAUAGUAAUGAUUAUGAUUUACAAGAAGAUAUAGAUCGUAUGAAUUUUAAUAAAUUACAAACAGAGAUUAAACAAAUAUUUGGUCAUAAUAGUGGUGGUCAUCGUAGUAGUGGUGGUAGUAAUAGACAUAAGGAUAGUAUUGGUGAUAAAGAAAUGGAUUAUUAUUCGAGUAGUGACGAAGAUGAUGAUUCAAUGGAUGAUAGUUUAUUAUCAUCUCCUGAUCCUUCACCACCUCACAUUUUCUUUUUCAAAACUAUUCAUCAACCAAAUAAACAGAAUGUAAAGAAAUCUUUUGCUCCUUUAAAAUUUAAUCAACAAAAUAAUAGUAAUAAUAAUGAUGAUCUUGGUGGUUCAAUUUUAGAAUAA